AUGGAGCAGUACUUCUUGGCCACCCAGAAGAUGGAGCAGGAGGUGAUGUUCCCCAGCCUGCUCCGAGGGGUCUUCCCGCAGCAGGAGGGGGCGGCCCCGGCCACAGGCGGCCACACGGACCUCUACGAGCGCUACCAGCUCCUCAAGGCCAUCAAGCCCGUGGUGGAGAAAGGCCUGGCCUCUGUCACCGACCAGAGCCCGGCCGGCACCGGCACCAACACCGACACGUCCUCGGACGACGACGACACCAUGGACGCCCAGCUGGAGGAGCGCCUGUCCCACCACCUGGCCGGCUUGCAGCAGGUCCUCACCCACCUCACCAGGGACACCAACGCCCUCACCCGGAGGUACAGCCAGAUCCUGGAGCAGAUCAGCCCCAGCGAGGGGCAGCCCAGCUGGUGACCCUGCCCCAGCCGCCAGGAUGGGUGCUGGUGGCACGAAGGAGAGGACGUCCCCAUCGCUGACCAUCGCGGCCUCUUCCCCAGCCCCGCUCGCCCUCCCCGCAGCGCGGCAGCUGAUCUCCCAGCACUGGCACCGCACGCCGGCGACGGCUGGGACCACCGGAGAACCAGAUGGUGCCUUAUCCUCAUAGGAAGAAGCAUCUGGUCGUGCUGGGAGGUCCGUCAGAAGAGCCGCACACCCCGUGCCCUCCUCUUUAUUUUCAAAGAGCGGCACGAAGGCGGCGGCGUUGCACAGUUGCCCCGACCUCCGACGGUCCUCUGCGACUGCCGAGCCCUUUUCCAGCUGGUACCU